UCUGAAUUUUAAGACACCCGUUUCGUAAGAUAAAUCAUAAUAACCGUAAACUCAUUGUCAAAGUUUUAGGUAGCCCAAGUUAUGUCUCACGAAAAUAUCACAGCAUUCAGGGGCAAUAAUGAAUCCGAUCUUGAUUCUGCUUGUUACGAUCUUAACAACACAUCCUCGGUAAUUUGGCAAGUCGUCGGCUUUGCUUUUAUCUUCUUAACAUCUCUCAUGGGCAACACAAUGGUGGCUAUUGUGGUGUACAGAGGCCGAAGGAUGAAAACAACCGUGAACUUUCUGAUUGUGAAUAUGGCUGUUUCGGAUCUCUUAAAUACUAUCCUCGUUGUUCCGAAAAGUAUCACACGCAUAUUUACCUAUUCAGAGGCAUGGUUUAUUACUGGAGAGAUGGGUGACGCCUCAUGCAGAAUAGUUCACUUUUUACAAGACGUUACAGUUGCCGUGUCUCUACUAAGCCUCCUGAUGAUUGCAAUUGAGCGUUUUUAUGCCGUUUCUUGUCCAGUCGUGGCAAACCCCGCUCCAGAUAAGCGAUGUGCAUUUAUGAUACUUUCUACUUGGCUGGUGGCGUUUCUUAUGUACAUCACAGAUUUGCUCUCGUUUAAGUUGAUCGUCGAGGAGGAAGAAUCAAUUUGCUCCCAUAGUUGGGAAGAUCUGGUGGCAAAUCCAGCCAAAGCCACCACAAUUGAGUUCCUUUUGAAUACAAAUCUGGCCUUGAUAAUUCCAUUCAUCAUUGUAACCACCUUCUAUUCAUUAAUCCUAAGGAAAAUUAGACGCAUUUCUGUUCCAGAUGAUGUAAGUUCCUUAGGAUUAAAACGUCAACGGAAGCGUAACCGAAGUGUAAUUCGUAUCUUGCUUGCAGUGGUUAUAUCGUUCGGCGUUUGUUGGUUUCCCUUCAUAAUUUACACAUAUACAUUUAUUUUCGGUUAUUUCAACAAGGACCAACACAACUUUCCUUGUGGUUUGGAAAUCUAUGGGAAAAUAGCAUUGAUUAUGGCGUAUCUGCAGUCAUCUGUGAACCCCGUCAUUUACUUUGUGUUCAGUGAAAAUUAUAGACAAGGACUUAAAAGGUUCAUCCGCCACUGCUUACCUCUCUCCAUUAAGAAACCAUCAAAUUUGAACAAAAAAGCCACAAAGCCGUUUAAAGGGACUAAACGCGGGUUUUGGCCCGGGAACGGAGUGGUUCAAUGUCCAGAUGUCGAACUACGCAAUUUCGACAAGUUGUGAUUUAUUGUAAGAGUUGUAGAGCAGCAUUUUUUAACAAAUUUUCUUCAGCAUAGCCUUGUUUGUUCAUCAGCAUUCUCUCACAGUUCAAGGGAAAUAUAAGAGAGAGAUAAAAUGAGUUUAAUUUCAUGUGAGAAUAAACUCUUGGAAACUGCAAUUAAAAAAAAAAUUAGUCAGAACAUAACCUUUCUAAAAUUGUACUCGUGAGGACGAGCAAAAUUUUCAGAGGUAAAUACUGAUUCUGAAAAGCAAGAAAUAUGAUAUUUAGUCAACAGAAUUUAAAUAUCAAGUUGUUUUGUUCUGCUAAACACCU